GGGCAUGAACCUCCCACUGCAUGCAGAUAACUCCCAGCCUAAACUCUCUGUGUUAUUCACCGCUGCUCUCCUCAGGUUUAAAACAGAUUAGAGUUGCUGCAGACCUUUCGCUUUGGUUCAUCGGAGAACAUUGCCGCGUCCUUAAAUCCCGCUCAACAGGGGGAAAAAAAAACUUUCAAUUUUUACGCCCAAAUCCGCCCAAAGGGCGUUCUUCUACGAAAAGGUUACGCAAGAGAAAGUGAUAUCUACUGGGGAGGCUCGAUUGGAGGAAAAAAAAAAAAAAACGGGAACAAAGAAGAGCACAUAUUGAAGUUUCACAAGGAGCAACAGGAAAAAUGUCUAAAACCAAUUACACUGGGACGUAUCAUAUGGUGGAGCAGGACAACAUGGAUACCUAUCUGGCGGCUUUAGAUAUUAAUUUCGCCCUGAGGAAGAUUGUAUGUCUGCUGAAACCCACUAAGGAGAUCACCCACGACGUGGCCACGGGGGUCAUGAAGAUCCGAACCCUCACCACUUUCAAGAACUUCAACAUGGACUUCACCAUCGGGAAAGAGUUCACGGAGGACCUGGGACCCGUGGACGGCCGUACCUGCCAGACUACAGUGAACUGGGAAGGAGACAAACUUGUUUGCGUACAGAAAGGAGAGAAAGAGGGACGAGGCUGGACCCACUGGCUGGAGGGCAACAAGCUCCAUUUGGAGAUGAGAGUUCUAGGCAUCGUUGCCAAGCAAGUCUUCCAGAAGGCCAAUUGAAGUCGCUGCAAAUCUACUGCAGCACACAGCCUGGUUUUAAAGUAGACGGUACAAGAACUGAAUCAUGUCUAUAGCACUUUUAUUACAAUCAUAAAACUGUUCAAAGAUCACAAUGACACUAUAAACACUGUUGAACAUAUGUUCAGUGUGAUGGUAUUUAGAGAGUCGAAGACCCCCCCCCAAACAAAAAUGAAAUAAAAGAACAUGUAAACAUUCCCAAGUUGUUAACUCAUAUUGCAUAGCAAAUCUUAUGGUUGUCAUGGUUUGCUUAUGCAUCUACAUUAUGUUACAAUAUAAUUAACAAUGUCUGGUACUAUUACAGUAUAUCUGUACACUUUUUAUGCAUUAUAAAUACUGAAAAUCUGUGGUUGAAAUUGGUAAAAUCUACAUUGCAAGGUACAGUAAUGUCAGUGAUCUAACAAAUAUAAUACAAGUUCAAUUGGACAUCCUUAGAAAAAUAAAUCAUACUCUGCUUUCAAAGUUGUAAAAAAGAAAAUAAAAAAGGUGAAUACUUUUUUCAGCUCUUCAACAGAGCAACAGCAUAAAGACGACACAUCGAAUGGUAAAAUGAAGACAUUCAUCCUCAUUUUCCGAUUUUUAAAACAUGGCCUGAAAGACUAACACACAUUUAAUGUUCUUGUAGCUAAUUAGACUAAUUGUUGAAGCAAUAGUCCAAGGUGUCAGAAGCAAGGUUCUGUUAAAUGUUAGAAAGAUUUAAUAUCUUACCUGCUGCCGCUAAAUCUCAUCUUCAUUAAGUAUUAAUCCAGAUUAGUUGGAUUUGGACUCUGAAGCUAACAUCUGUUCUGCGGGCCAAGACCAAACCUGAUUUCUAGCCUCUUACAACAGUAAAAUCUCAAAUAUUGGAUCUUUGCAUUGUGAAGUAAAUUAGACAAAAGCUGAUGAUUAUUUAUACAAGAAAUGGUGUCAAGAGGCAGUGCGCCCUGUAAUGAUCUAGGGCAAAGGUUCCCAGUCAGAGGAACUAAUUUAUAGAAAAAUUUGACUGUUUAAAAUCCAGCUUUCAUCUGUUCUUAUGUUUCAAUGCUAACAUGAAUGUAAUAAAAAUAAAAAAUAAAAAAACAGUUUUUUCCACAUAAGUGACUGUCAGUGGGGCCAAACUAUUGCCUUCACACAGUUUUUACAAGCCUAUACUUUGUCAUUUACUACAUAUAGUUUAUUAUCUUCAAAAGCAGUGAUUGCUUCUCAGCAAAUAAAUUUGAUCUAAAAACGGUAAAGGUCUUGUAUUCUACUACAUUUUUAAUUCAAUUAUUUAAAUUGAAGUUGUUUUUGCUCACAACAUGAUUUCCAUAAUCUGAACAAACCUCUUUAACUUGUAUUUAAAAAUAGUUUAGCUUAAUAUCUUGUUAAAGUUGUUUUAUUAUGUAUCGGUCUCUCUUCUUUUAGCACAAUCUGAGAUUUUUGUUAUUUUCACACUAAACACUGGCGGGCAUUAAGUUUACAAAAUCAGAAAUAUCAAAAUAAAAGCUGGUUUUCCAAAAUAAAAGAUUCUAUUUUGGAUCUUUGUGCAGUUCACUAUAGUUCGUUUCCUAAGUUCACUAUAAAGUUUUUAAAGUUGGAUUUGUUUUAAGGUGGUCAAAGUUCACUUCUUCAUUUCUUAGACCAGCCAUUAGCUAGAUCUUCUAGGACCAACCAAAUCUGGGUUUGUAUUAAAUGAAAAAGCCAUUAAAUAUAUCUGUCUGAGGUGAGACAUUGGCUGCUUCUAACUGUUUAACAGAACCUUCUGGCUAAAAUGUCUGAAAAUAUGAAGAAAAUGUUGUUAAUCUGUCAAUGAGUCCAAGUUUUCACCAUGAACUCUUUCAGGAUUCAUAAUCAGGAAUAGGAAGACAUUUUCAUUAAUUUGAAAAAUUAACUUCCUGGAGUUUUGUAACAAAGAUUAAUCUCAUUUAUUCCUGUAAUAAAAUGCAUCAGAUAUAACAUACAAGACGCUGCCCCUGUACUGCUGACUGUUAAUCAUAAUAUUUAGAUGAGCUGUGAUUAAUCCCAUUUUUGCUGUUUCACAGUCUUUUUGUGUCUUGGCUGAAUUUUGAACAAAAUCAUAUUAUUACAAUAACAAAUCAUACGAAAAGUAAAACAAACUUCAUUUAGUGCCUCAUGCAUGUCCACACCUCUGUUUCUCAUUUCAUCAAGUGCUGAUAUGUAAUUACAGUUCAGUCUGUUUGGGAUUGUAUGAAGGAGAAUGUUUGAAAAACAAUAAAGUCCAUGGCAAAGAUCUAGAUAGUCUA